AUGGAUUUCUUAAACUCAUCUGAUCAAAACUUGACCUCAGAGGAACUGUUAAACAGAAUGCUACCCAAAAUUCUGGUGUCCCUCACGCUCUCUGGGCUGGCACUGAUGACAACCACCAUCAACUCCCUCGUGAUUGCUGCAAUUAUUGUGACCCGGAAGCUGCACCACCCAGCCAACUAUUUAAUUUGUUCCCUUGCCGUCACAGAUUUUCUUGUAGCUGUCCUGGUGAUGCCCUUCAGCAUUGUGUAUAUUGUGAGAGAGAGCUGGAUUAUGGGGCAAGUGGUCUGUGACAUUUGGCUGAGUGUGGAUAUUACCUGCUGCACAUGCUCCAUCUUGCAUCUCUCAGCUAUAGCUCUGGAUCGGUAUCGGGCAAUCACAGAUGCCGUUGAGUACGCCAGAAAAAGGACCCCCAAGCAUGCCGGCAUUAUGAUUACGGUAGUUUGGAUUAUAUCCGUUUUUAUCUCUAUGCCUCCUCUAUUCUGGAGGCACCAAGGAACUAGCCGAGAUGAUGAAUGCAUCAUCAAGCACGACCACAUUGUUUCCACUAUUUACUCAACAUUUGGAGCUUUCUACAUCCCACUAGCAUUGAUUUUGAUCCUCUACUACAAAAUAUAUAGGGCAGCAAAGACAUUAUACCACAAGAGACAAGCAAGUAGGAUUGCAAAAGAGGAGCUGAAUGGCCAGGUCCUUUUGGAGAGUGGUGAGAAAAGCACUAGACUGGUCUCCACAUCCUAUGUGCUAGAAAAGUCUUUAUCUGAUCCAUCAACAGACAUUGACAAAAUUCAUAGCACAGUGAAAAGCCCCAGGUCUGAAUUCAAGCAUGAGAGAUCUUGGAGAAGGCAAAGGAUCUCAGGCACAAGAGAACGCAAAGCAGCCACCACUCUGGGAUUAAUCUUGGGUGCAUUUGUAAUAUGUUGGCUUCCUUUUUUUGUAAAAGAGUUGGUUGUUAAUGUCUGUGAAAAAUGUAAAAUUUCUGAAGAAAUGUCAAAUUUUUUGACAUGGCUUGGAUAUCUGAAUUCCCUUAUAAAUCCACUGAUUUAUACGAUCUUUAAUGAAGACUUCAAAAAAGCAUUUCAAAAACUUGUGCGAUGUCGAUGUUAG